GAUAAUCCCACGCUGCGCCGGCUGCGCCAUACGGAGUCGCUGAAAACUCUACCCUGCCUGCCUGCCUGCCUGCCUGCCUCCAGCCUAUAUCCCAGGCGUGCGCCUCGUGAAGACGCCCAGCUCACUCCACUCCACUCCACGCUCCACGCUGCACCCACUAGAUCUGCGAGGCCCCGGCCGGACUCUCGGUGCCCCCGUCUACAUAUACGGCUUCCAGCACUCCGCCUGCAGCCUUCACGCGCUCCGUAAAAAGUACUCGACCUGUUCAACGACUAAUCUUUUAAUUAUUGCUUGCGAUUUAUUCUUCUGCCAUGGCGCGCACCGUGCAAUGGCAGUAUGAUUCGAGCCACAGCACGACCACGUCUGGCCGCAGCGACCGAAGCGACAGCGGCCGCUCCUACGAAACCGCACCCACCGAAUACAGCACGCAAAGCUCGCGGCCGCCUCUAUCGCGCAACGAGACAUGCCACGGCCGCGUAGAAGGGCGUGGGCGGGCGUACUUCGCGCCGGCGGACGACUACAAGCAGCGAGCAGCCUACGCCGCCCGCUCCUCCACCGAGACCUACGCCUCAACCUCCGACGAGGACCUCGCCGACGACUUGGACGACGUUCCGGAGUACUAUGUGCCCAGCUACAACCACGACCCGCUGCCCGUCGACGCCAUUCCCACGACGCCGCGCGAUUUCGCAGACCUCUUCCCCACCUCGAAGCGCAUAUCGAUCCGCCACGACGACUCCACAAUCGACGGGAACAUGAACCUGCGCGUGGACACGCAGAUCGAGGAGCGGCAUCACAAGAAGCAGAACUACACCCUGUUCCAUCUCCGCAUGCACGACCUGCGCACCCGCGAGUUCUCGCUGCGCCGCUACUGCAGAGAAUCCGGCCGCGAGGUCUGCCACUCGAUCCGCAAGUACCAGAAGCCUCCGGCGGAGAAGCGCCCCGUGCUGCAGCGGGCAAGCACAGCCCUCGCCAGCUUCAGGCACAAGCCCGAGUCCCGCCCGUCGACGGCAGCCGGCCUCAAGCGCUCUGACUCAGGCUAUGAGUCCGUCCGCGGCAUCGAAGAGGAGGACGAGAAUGCGUCACGCCCCAAGUCGGCCGGCUACGCCAAGGGGCGCACGCUGAUGCCUACCAACACCAUCAAGCUGGAGUUCUCAAACUACGCCCACAUCGACGUUAAGCGAAGAGGUGCCAAGAGCGGCAAGCGGUACGGCUUUGAAUACUGGGGCCACAGCUAUUCCUGGAAGCGGGUCGUCAAGAGAGACCAUGAUCACGAGAACGUGUCCUACUACCUUGUCCGUUCAGACAACGAGAAGGAUCCCCUGGCCCACAUCUGCCCCGUCCGUUUGACUCCUGAGCAGGCGCAUGAGGAGACAGCAAGGGGAGGUUGGAUCCCGCCCUGUUACAUGCGGAUUACAGACGAUCGAAUUCUGCGUGCCAACAGCGACAUCUCCGACGUGGUGGUUGCAACCGGCCUCAUGGCGCUCGUGGACGACUCCAUCAAGAGGCGCUUCCACUCGAAGCAGACGACACAAUUGCAUAUUCCACUCAUUCGGAGCGCGUCCCUAAAAAUGAACAUAGACUACAUUGGUCCCAAGCGGCUGAUUGAUGAAGUGUUCAAUCGAACCAGCCGCACCGGGCCUCCAAGCAGACACCCGUCAGCGUUACGCCGAACCGCAGCUGAGGCGUAGCCUCUCCCGCCGGGACAUCGGCUUUAAUCAUUGGAGCCCCAGCUCGACGGGCUGGGCCCUACGGGCGCGGCACUCCGCUUCUACUUCUCGUACAUAGUUUUCUUGCCGCGCUUGCGAGCUGUCAAAACUGCUCUGUUGGGCCGCGGGUCUGCAACGUCCCGCGGGUCUCGUGCGCAUAGUCUUUUCCUCUCUGUCUUGGCGACAGCAUACGCAUGGAAGCUUUGGUGUUCGGCGUUUAGGUAUGCAUAGCAUCGCAGUUGAGAUUGUUUGCUGCAUCUGUUUGAUUUGGUUUCUUGACCGGCAUCAACUGGGGCAUCUUGUCGCGGCGACGUGAGAGCGCUUCCGGUUUUCUCCGGACUUCAUAUGAGUUUAUGACUCGGUACGAUAAUUUACGACUGAAGCUGCACGCUCAAUCAGUGUUUCUG